UCUCGUACGGCAGCUUUGUUCUGGAGUGCCUUUCCAUCACAGAGCAUUUUGGUACAGGACUUGAUGACGUAUGAACAACCUUUUUUCAGGUCGACCAACACAUGAUGAAUUCGACUCGGCUGUUUGUAACUUUUUUUCUUUCUCCUUUCUAUUUUCCUCUUCUUUUUCCUUGUGAACUGCAUCAAAAAAUUUCGAUACCAAGACUUUGGUUUCAUUAGAAGAUCGUGUAAUAUAAAAUGUUCGGAGGCCAUCAUCACCGACGGCACCACUCAGCCCCCAAUACUCCGUUCCUAGGAUCAGGCGGACGUAUAACCCCUCGAGAAUUUGCUGUCGACGCAGCUACAUUUGCUGGAGCAGAGGCUCUUAUCCAUCAAUACGAAAACAGACACCAUGAUCAGCACCACCCAUUACGAGACGCUGCAUUGGCUGGAGCUGCGGCAUUUGGUGUUCAAAAAAUACAAAAUCACUUUGACCAACCUCAAAUGGCCGGCUACCCAAUGCAGCAGUACCAGCAGUAUCAGCAGCCAUACGGUAACCCUUACAACAACUACUAUGGAGGUGGCUAUGGAGCCAAUCCUUAUGGUGGAGGUUACGGUGGAGGUUACGGUGGGUAUGGUGCAGGUCAGAAUGUAUACAAUGGAUACCACACCUACAACAUGUACGGCGGAGACAUGUACCAAAACCCAUAUAUGCCAUAUCAACAACAGCACUACCAUCGCCGACAUAUGGGUGGAUUGUUCUCCUCUAAUCCAUAUGAGAGAGAGUUUCAGCCAAGAUACUCCAUCAUGCAGCCUGGACAAAUGAAUUGGGGAAUGCAGCAACCGUUCUAUUAAACCUUGUAACUUUCUUUAGUUAACUGUUCUAUACCACUGCUGUAAACUACAUGUAUACUUUUUUUCCACGCCGCCGCCCAUUUAAUGUCACCGAAUAAAAAAAUCUUGGUUGUAAUACGCUUAUAGGAUAGGAACAACCGGUCAAUGAC